UCCCGCCGUGACACGUUACCUCAGGGUCACUACCCCACUGUAGCUGGAACUGUGUGCGACCCGCUGCAUCUGAGACCUCGCUCCCAUUUUGGGGUCCGUGCCGAUCUUUCCUCGGGUACUUUGAUCUGAAUCAAGGUGUUCGAAGAGGCAUCGUAAGUUGAGGCUUCGAUCCGGAGAGUCCCCGGCUUGGUCGCGACCUGAGAACACCGCGAUGGCUGGUGCUGCGAAGGUUCAGGGUUGUUGCGCCGACACUCGCCCGGGCUAUGCGUCCCCCCUCGAAGCCAUGUCGGGGCCGCGGGAGGCCUUGAUCUACGUUACCUGUGUCUAUAAUGGCACUGGAAUAGAAAAACCGGACUACUUGGCGACAGUGGAUGUUGAUCCUAACUCCCCUACAUAUUCCAAAGUAAUUCACAGGCUUCCCGUGCCCAAUAUUGGUGAUGAACUGCAUCAUUCUGGUUGGAACGCCUGCAGUUCUUGUCAUGGUGACCCUUCAGCAGUUCGGCAAUUCUUGAUUUUGCCUUCAUUGCUAUCCAGUCGCAUAUAUGUUGUUGACACUGCAAAAAUUCCAAGAGCUCCAUCAUUGCAUAAGGUUGUUGAGCCCACAGAUAUUCUGCAAAAGACUGGGCUAGCAUAUCCUCAUACCUCUCAUUGCCUUGCGUCUGGUAAUAUAAUGGUCUCUUGCCUUGGAGAUAAAGAAGGAAAUGCAACGGGGAGUGGCUUCCUGCUUCUUGAUUCAGAUUUCAAUGUGAAAGGAAGGUGGGAAAAACCAGGUCAUAGUCCUUUGUUUGGCUAUGAUUUUUGGUACCAACCACGUCACAAGACCAUGAUCAGCUCAUCAUGGGGAGCUCCUGCAGCUUUUUCAAAGGGUUUCAACCUACAACAUGUUUCAGACGGAUUAUAUGGAAGACACUUGUAUGUUUAUAGCUGGCCAGAUGGUGAACUAAAGCAGACAUUGGAUCUUGGAAAUGCAGGGCUCUUACCCUUAGAAACACGAUUUCUGCAUGACCCAUCUAAAGACACUGGCUUUGUUGGCUGUGCUUUGUCCAGCAACAUGGUGAGAUUUUUCAAGACCACAGAUGGUCUCUGGAACCAUGAGGUUGCCAUAUCUGUAACUCCACUGAAGGUGCGAAACUGGAUUCUACCCGAAAUGCCAGGGCUGAUCACAGACUUUCUCAUCUCUCUUGAUGAUCGGUACCUCUAUUUUGUCAACUGGCUUCAUGGAGAUGUUAGACAGUAUAACAUUGAAGAUCCUUCAAAGCCGGUGCUGACAGGACAAAUAUGGGUUGGAGGUCUCCUUCAGAAGGGAAGUGACGUAGUCUGUGUGUCAGAGGAUGGGGUGGAGUCACAAUUUAGUGUACCUGUGAUUAAGGGAAAUCGACUUAGAGGAGGACCGCAGAUGAUUCAACUGAGCUUGGAUGGGAAGCGGCUGUACGUGACAAACUCACUCUUUAGUGUGUGGGAUCAACAAUUUUAUGGCCCAGAUCUCGUGAAGAAGGGAUCUCACAUGUUGCAGAUUGAUGUGAACACCGAGCAAGGUGGGUUGACCAUAAAUCCAAACUUCUUUGUUGACUUUGGGACAGAGCCUGAUGGACCUGCACUGGCACAUGAGAUGAGGUAUCCUGGUGGAGACUGCACUUCCGAUAUUUGGAUAUAGAUGAAGCAGCUUCGGAGUAGAACUCGGUUAUCGCUGUAGCAAUUUACGACAUCUUUAUGGAACAAGGUUAAUGUACUAUGUGAUUUCUCUACUUGGUGUUCAGGCGAUUACGAGAAAGGAUUCUCACUAUUAGCUUCUGGGUGCUGGAAACUUUUGUUGGCUGUUGAUAAUCUCUUGAAUGAGUAGUUUGAUGUGUGUACUGCCAGUUUAUUGGUUUAUGUGCGCAUUACUGCAUGGAUGUUGGUAUGCACACUCAUAAACUAUUAAUCCAAACAUAUUUUACUGUC